AUGGUUGUUCAAAAUCAGAUCUUACUGGAUGAAGACACACCAAUUUCAUUAGAUGCUUACAAAGAAGAUACAAUAUGUAUCCACAAUGUAACUGUAUAUGCUGAUUAUGGUAUUUGUCUAAACUUGAACGAGGUGUCAUCCAAAUUUGGUAACUGUCUGUAUCUACCCAAGGAAUUUAACUGUGUCAGAAUAGAUGUUAGGAUUAAUAAGCAUUUUGACCAGGCUGAAUUUCCUCUGGAUAAUACGGAAAUUCAAAAUCGCAACUCUAUGUCCAAUUCACCAAAUUUUCCCUCUACAAGCGAUGUUAGCAGUCAAUUUCAGAGCAACCUAGUUACCACGAGUAUCUUUAGGAAGAGUAAAAUACAUAAAAAUUCGCUUCAAAAUCCAGAUAACGACAAUAAUCACGACUGUUGUAAAACAUCGAUUAAGGUGGCUAUUUUUGGAAACGGAAAGGUUGUAACUACGGGCGCUAGGAGUGUAAUGGCUGCUGCUUGUGGCAUAGAAAAGGUGGCACGUGCUUUACGACAGAGAGUGUCAAAAGAAGCGAAAGUUUGUUUUAUGAUCGUCACAAACAUACUUUCUGUGUACAACACUGGAUAUCCGUUGAGAUUGAAUCUUUUCGCCAAAUUAUGCCCUGGAGCUAUUUAUGAACCAGAUCGAUUUCCAGCUGCACAAAUAAAAAUACCCACUAAACGUCCUUUAUAUUUGUUUACUGCUGCUUCAAUAUUUGGUAAAAAGAUUUCUAAUUUUGAUGAUUCACAACAGCAGAAAAUGGAUGAUAAUCAGGAAUCAAAGGAUUCAUUGCAGGAUUUUUUACCACAAUCUGUGCCAAUGAUUACAAGUACUGCCAGCAAAAUUGACAAUAAAGUUGUUGGUAAUGCUGUAAAGGUGCAAAAGACAUCUACUGGUUUUGAGAAAAGAUUAACCGCAUAUAGGUAUUCGGGGAAAGUCUCCCUAAAAAAUAUCGGUUACUUUAACAAGCUAAAGAACUCACCUACCAGUGUCAACUCACCGGUUAUAGGCUCUAACGUUAAAUCUACAAAAUCAAAUGAACCGGUUGAAGUCACCAAGGGCAAAAGUGCAUGGCUAUCUGAUGACAUUUACAACUUGAACGAAGCAAUAGAAGUAGUAGGGGAUGGACAUGCUAAGGGGAGAGGCAUAAGCAAGGAAGAAGUAGUGACAGUAAAUGUAUUUUCCACUGGCAAUAUAACACUAACAGGCGCUAGAUCUAUUUCCAGCAUUAAAUACGCGUUGAAUAUAAUAGCGCCACACCUGUCAAAAUGCAAAUGA